UAGAUAAGUAGAUAGAUGGCUAGGUUUUCCAUAAAUCUAUAUAUAACCUUGGUAGUGUCAAGGCUGGCAAGCAAAAGUUGUUCAUUUCUAGAACAAACAAAUAACAAUAUGUUGGAACUCAAUGUGGAGAUCAGGGGAGAGCCAACUCUGGUUCCUCCGGCAGAGGAUACAAUCGAGAAGGGCAAUCUCUACUUCCUCUCAAACAUUGACAACUUCCCUUUGAAGAUAACCACGGUCUAUUGCUAUCGACCGACGGAGAACGAAGGCAAUAUCGAGGAGGAAAAACUGGUGGAGGUCUUGAAGAGUUCAUUGUCGAAGGUUCUUGUUCACUACUACCCGCUUGCCGGGCGGCUGACCACCGACUCGGAGGGCAGGCUGGUGGUGGAUUGCACGGAUGAAGGCGCUGUUUUCGUCGAGGCGAAAGCCCAUUGUACGAUACAAGAGAUAGGCGAUGAUACGGUGGCCAUGGCAGAGCUGGUGUACGAGUCUCCUACCGCGAAAAACAUUAUUGAGGUGCCACCUUUGGCUGCUCAGGUGACCACGUUUAAGAAUGGAGGAUUUGUUCUGGGGUUAUGCAUGAACCAUUUGAUACUUGACGGACGUGCUGCCAUGGAUUUCAUUAACUCCUGGGCUGAAAUUGCUCGGGGCUUGUCGUUAAAGGCUCCUCCAUUCUUGGACAGAAGCAUACUCAGAGCUCGAAACCCGCCUAAGAUCGAAUUCCCGCAUCACGAAUACGCAAGUAUCGAAGACGUAUCGAACACCGAUGAUCUUUACAACGAAAACGUUAUCUACAAAUCGUUUUGUUUCGAGUACGAAAAGAUUCAAAAACUGAAGAUGGCAGCCAUGGAAGAUGGGAUUGUGGAUAAGUGCUCCACAUUUGAAGUCGUAUCGGCUUUUAUUUGGAAGAGCAGAACUCAAGCUCUGAAACUGCGUUAUGAUCAACGGGUAAAGUACGUUUUGGUCGUUGAUGGACGGCUGAGAUUUGAUCCGCCAUUACCGGAGAACUACUUUGGUAACGGUGUUGUCAUUACAAGUUGCGUUACUACCGCAGGUGAUCUAAUAGAAAAACCACUGUCAUUUGCUGUGGGACUAAUCCAAGAGGCGAUUCAAACGGUUACAGAUCGAUACAUGAGGUCGGUCAUCGACUAUGUGGAAGUGAAACAACCUUACCUUACCAUGACCUCGACCCUUUUGAUUACUACCUGGACAAGGUUAUCUCUCGACACUAUGGACUUCGGAUGGGGAAAACCUUUUCUCGUAGGUCCUGCGUACGCUCCUGGGAGGGAACUCGCGAUAUUCUGCCCUAAUCCGAAAGAGAAGAAUGUCAUUGAUGUGCUUCUAAGCUUUCCAGCUUCUUCCAUGAAGAUCUUUGAAGAACUUAUGAACAUUUGAGGACACGAGUGAUCACAGAAGUCGGGAUCAUGACGCUUAUCAUUGUGGUGUUUGCUUUGCUGUUACUAGUAUAUUGUUUGCUAAUUUCCGUUAUGGUGUGUAAGUUCCUCCGCAAGUGAGCGGUGGGAUUGGUGUCCAGGAUUAGUCGAGCCACGCGUAAGCUAGCCCGGACACCUGACAACUAUCUGAUUGUGUAAGUUCAACAAUUAUCGGUUUGUAAGUUUAAGAAUUUAAUGGCAAUAAGUUGAUCAUUUUGUUAA